AUGGACAUAGACUGGAUAAUGCAGGGCACUCUGGAAAAGGAAAUAUCGCAGAAGAAGGGGCUCAUGGAGGAGAAGGCAGUGGCCAUAAAUGAACCCACCACAGCCAACACUGGAUCCAGUGCAACCUCCAGUGGGACUGGGACAGCCUCCAACACUACAUCCAGCACGACCUAUGGUGGUACCAGCAUAGCCACCAACUCUGGAUCCCAAGUGACCUCCAGUGGAUCCAGCACAACCUCCAAUACUGAAACCAGCAUGACCUCUGGAGGGUCCAGCACAACCUCCAAUACUGGAUCCAGCGUGACCUCUGGAGGGACCAGCGCAACCUCCAAUACUGGAGCCAGUGUGACCUCUGGAGGGACCAGCGCAACCUCCAAUACUGGAUCCAGCCUGACCUCUGGAGGGACCAGCGCAACCUCCAAUACUGGAUCCAGCCUGACCUCUGGAGGAACCAGCACACCUGUCAACACUGGAUCCAGUGCAACCUCCAGUGGGACUGGGACAGCCUCCAGCACUACAUCCAGCACGACCUAUGGUGGUACCACCACAGCCACCAACUCUGGAUCCCAAGUGACCUCCAGUGGAUCCAGCACAACCUCCAAUACUGAAACCAGCAUGACCUCUGGAGGGUCCAGCACAACCUCCAAUACUGGAUCCAGCGUGACCUCUGGAGGGACCAGCGCAACUUCCAAUACUGGAUCCAGCCUGACCUCUGGAGGGACCAGCGCAACCUCCAAUACUGGAUCCAGCCUGACCUCUGGAGGAACCAGCACACCUGUCAACACUGGAUCCAGUGCAACCUCCAGUGGGACUGGGACAGCCUCCAGCACUACAUCCAGCACGACCUAUGGUGGUACCACCACAGCCACCAACUCUGGAUCCCAAGUGACCUCCAGUGGAUCCAGCACAACCUCCAAUACUGAAACCAGCAUGACCUCUGGAGGGUCCAGCACAACCUCCAAUACUGGAUCCAGCGUGACCUCUGGAGGGACCAGCUCAACCUCCAAUACUGGAUCCAGCGUGACCCCUGGAGGGACCCGCGCAACCUCCAAUACUGGAUCCAGCGUGACCUCUGGAGGGACCAGCGCAACCUCCAAUACUGGAUCCAGCCUGACCUCUGGAGGGACCAGCGCAACCUCCAAUACUGGAUCCAGCCUGACCUCUGGAGGAACCAGCACACCUGUCAACACUGGAUCCAGUGCAACCUCCAGUGGGACUGGGACAGCCUCCAGCACUACAUCCAGCACGACCUAUGGUGAUACCACCACAGCCACCAACUCUGGAUCCAGUGCAACCACAGGAGGCUCUGGUACACCUUUGUCAACUGGAACACACACAACUUCCAACAGAAUUAGCACAAGUGCUGGAACUCCAGUGAAUGCAGUGAAGCCCAGUGGGUCCCUGAAGCCAUGGGAAAUCUUCCUCAUCACUCUGGUCUCAGUUGUAGUGGCCGUGGGAUUCUUUGUUGGACUCUACUUCUGUGUGACAAACUCCCUGUCCCUGAGAAAUGUCUUUGACACAGCUGUCUACCGACUCCAUGGCCCCAACCUCGGCCCAGGCCCUGGAGGGAAUCACGGAGUCCACCACAGGUCUGGGUGGAGCCCUAACAGAUUCUGGAGGAGACCAGUAUCCUCAGUAGCCAUGGAGAUGAGAGAGACCCACGAUGGGCUCUAA